GCAUCUCAUCUAUCUCCCCCGAUCCCUUUCUUCUCCACCACUGGCCGCCGCCGCAGCCAAGCCGGCGUGGGGCGCACCACCGCUCCACUGCGCCUCCACCUUCACCGCGCCCUCCAUCCACCAGCACCUCCAUACACCACCAUCCAUCCACUCCAUCACCACCUCGCGCCGAUGCACCAUCCAUCAGCGCCACCACUCCCCACCAUCACUUCUUCUCUCUCUCUCUCUCUCACGUACUGCUGCACCUUUUCUCUUCUUCCCAAUCUUGCUGUAGUUCUUCCUCUCUUUCAACCUCCUGCUGCUGCCUCCUCUUCUCCAAGCCCCUCUGCUUCUUCUCCAUCACGAAACUGCUUCCCCUCUCUUGCUUCUCCAUCUCUGUGCUGCUGCUCUUCUUCUUCUUCCCCUUGCUACUGCUGCCUCUUCUCCGUUGCAUCUCCCUUAGCGCUGCUGCUGCUUCUCUCUUCUGCGUCCCCUGCUGCUCCUUCUCAACCCCCCUGUUGCCUCUAUUUCUUCUCUGAACCUAAACCCUUGUGGCUGCUAUCUCUCUCUUUGAAAUAACUUGAGACAUAUAUGAUGUGUAACAUUCAGAUUUGUUAAGUGUUAGUAACCUACUUGUUCAAUUUCAGACUUAUGCUUUAUUUGUGGAUGUGUGAACUGGAUCAUGGCAUGUAUCACUCAGUUUGUAUGCUCAAUAAUUAGCUAUAUAUAUCCCCUGUGUGUUGUAAUUGCCGUAGUAAUUUUCAGUUUGUAAUACCUGUGUGAUAUAUAUAAUUCUGUGGUGUUAAACAUUUCUGUCCUUGUCCCAUUAUCUUUGUUCUGUGCUUUUCUUCUUAUAUAUAACUAAUAGUUAUAUUUGUGAUCAUAUAUUGGUACUUCCUUUCUGUCGGUGAUGAUGUCCUGUGUGUGUAUUUUAGUUUCUAAAAUAAUAUGAAAAUACCAAAAAGACAAAGCGAAGAUAAUCUUCAUCUCCUUUGCUUCUGUGUCAUUUCCUUUGUUGAUGAUCUUAGUUAGUCUAGAUUUAAUAUUUUGCUUUCACCACCCAAUAUUGUGUUACCUAGAUUUAGCCGAGCGUAGUCGUCCUCGCCUAGUCCCUGUGGGGAACACGACACUCGCAGUUCGGGCGAAAUAUCCCGCUGUACUUACAACUGAUCAUUUUGGCGCCGUUGCCGGGGACUAGCGUCAAGUGACCGUGUUAGGCUAUAGACUAGGUUUAUUUUAGUUCCUUAUUUAAUUCGUCGUGUAUUUCAUUUUCUGCGAUUCUUUUAUAUUUUUUUUGCUUGUUGUUGCUUCGGCUUAUUAGGAUACUAACAUUCUGACUAGUAUUUACUGUUUAUGAGUGUGCGUAGGAAAUCUGAACUAUUUACAGGUUGAUUGAUAGUUACACUUGGCGGAGAUAUGGCGAUGCUUCGUGAUGUUUGGAUGCCAAGUAGUCAAUGCUAUUUCACAGGGCCGGUUUGGCCAACUAUUGAGGUAGAGAAUUUUGAGCUGAAGCCUGGUCUUAUUGCUUUGGUUCAACAACAUCAGUUUGGAGGGUUGCCUAAUGAAGAUCCUUAUGAGCACUUGCUCCGAGUCAUGGAGUAUUCAGAUACAGUAAAGUACCAUGGAGUUCCUCAAGAAGCUAUCAAGUGCAUGCUGUUCACAUUCUCUCUCCGAGAUGGUGCUCAUGCUUGGUAUCGAUCCUUGCCAUCAAGAUCAUUCGGUUGGAAUGAGAUAUCACGAGCUUUCUUGGAUAAAUAUUUCCCACUACACAAGCAGUCCGCAAUUCGAGAUGAGAUCUUCAAUUUCGUUCAGCGUGAAGGCGAGAGCUUGAAUGAUGCUUGGGAGAGAUACAGAGCCUUAUUCAGGAGAUGUCCUAAUCAUGGGCUCGAGAGAUGGUUAGAGCUACAGAUAUUCUAUAGAGGAUUGACUUCAGACACUCGAGCUUAUGUCGAUAUGGCAGCGGGUGGAGCUAUUACAAACAAGACACUUGAUGAAGCUUUUCUGCUGAUUGAGAGCAUAUCUUUCCACCAACUUCAGUGGUACAAUAAGAAGCCAACGUCUGAUUCAUUGGUUUGCUUGCAACAAAUCACUACACCUCAGCCACCAAUUCUUACACAGAAUCCUGAACCUCUAUCUCAGCGUGACAAGAUUGAGCUUGCAUGGAUUAUCUUUGACGAUGAUGACACCAUUCUAGUUGACACACACGCUACAGAUCAUAUGGAUACUAGUGUUGGAGACUCGGUUUUGCAUUGUGAUGAUUCUUCUAUUGAUGAGCCAGAGCUGCAGUUAGUUGUUUUUGAUAUUGAGGAGUCACCUUUAGUUGAUAUUGAUCAUGUGCUGCUAGAGCCAGAUAUGGAGAAGUUCACCUUCGAUGAUGUUAGCCGUAUUGCUUCCUCAACACUUGAGCCCGAGAUGGAGAGCUUCAUGGUUGAGUAUGGUGAGGUGGAUUCAGAUGUCAAGGAGUCAAGCUCUAUUUCACUUGUUGACAUGAAUCCGGUGGAAAUUUCUACUACCACACCUCACUUGGUAUCUUCAAUGGAGGUAGUCCUGAAGCUUCUUCCUAACUAUCUCAGGUUGAUGCUUGUGUACCAUUUACUGCGAGUUGACCGAGUUCGAGAUGACAUUCCCUGGAAUCCUGGUGGACUCAGAGCAUGGGGAUGAGGAGAAGCAAGGGGGCACACACGAGGAAGGGAGAAGCUGGAGCAGGCAUGAGGAUAGAGAAGCAAAAGGAGAGGAGCUGCACUUGGUGAGGUGAUCGAGCGAGUGCUACAUCAUCAAAGCCCGGUGAGAUGUUUCAUGACCCAUUCCGAGUAUAUCAUCCAUUGAUACAUGCUGAAAUCAAAUGUUAUUUGGGUUGCUUAAGCCAUUUCUUAAAUGUCGUCCCACUGAAUCUUACCUUUGACAUAUGAUGCUUGAUGUGAAUAUGUGAACUAAAUCGUGAAUGCCUUGUAAACUAGUGAUCUACAUACUGCUUGCUUUGCUGAAACUAGUGAAAGUUAUUAGUUUUGAGUGCUCAAAUCCCUAGUACACUAGAAAACUUAAUCAUUUUCUUCUUUUACCUCGAUACACCUAGAUCAUUAAGAGUCAGAUGCUGAGUUUGUGCCUAAUGUGUUCCCAUUGAGAGCAAUCACCUAACCACUAUGGAUUAGUAUGCUAUGUUCCCUGGAUCGGUAGCAUGUGAACCAGACAUGGAGAAGUGAUGAUUCCUAUUUUUGUGCUUAUGUGUUGUUCAUUUAAGAUAAGUAAUAAUGAAUACAUAAGUCUGACUACCUACAGUAGCAUGUCAUGUUCCUGGGAUCAGUGGCAUGUGAAAUCGGGUUAGCUUGGGCAGUAAUUAAUAAUAAAAAAAUGUAAUUGUCGAACCAGGUGUAUACCAUGUUCUCGGGAUCGGUGGUAUGUUCCUUUGGGGAGACAAACAAAAAAACUAAACUAAUAAUUGGUCGAUCCAGGUGUAUACCAUGUUCUCGGGAUCAGUGGUAUGUUCCUUUGGUGAGAUCGAUAAAAUAUUAUCAUUGCUUUACUUCUGUAAAUAAGUGAUUUGAUCACAAGUUUAUGUUCUUUUUUGUGCUCGGGAUCAUGCUCUCUUUAGGAACCUUUGGCACAAUCAUCAUUUGAACUUGUUGAUCCACUUUUAUCAUUGUAAAAGUUUAAAAUGAUUGAGUCUACUAGUAUCCUAUUGCUUUGUAGCACUCUUGACCAUUGAUUUGCACUAGCUAAGUCCAAAGCAUGCAUUGUUUAGAGAUCUACUUCACUUGGCAUUCUCUAGUCAGCUCACUGUUCACUGUCUAGCUCUUGUCAUAUGCCUUUACUUGAGGACAAGUAAAGAUUUAAGUGUGGGGGAACUUGAUAAGCACAUUUCAUAUAUAUAAUUUUGGCAUACAAAUAUACCAUUUGUUGAGUUCUGACAUUAAUUUUUGCUAUGAAAUACUGAAUAUUUGAAUGAUAAUCAUAUAAGAGCAUGUUGACUAGUGAAUUGUUUCUUUUGCAGAAAAGUGCGAGAAGGCACUAUAAACUUCAAGAUUCAUUCGAUUGCCAAACGCGAUGAGACUUGGCGCAGGAAUGAGAGAACGAGGGACCCGAGCGAGAAGAAAAAAAGUAUCCAGGGGCAAGCUAAUGUUGGAGGAUCAUCUUGAGAAGAAAGGAAGCAGGAGGGCCAAAGUGAAAAAAUGACAGAUCACACGAGGUCAAAAUCCCUAGACGCCCUGAUUCCCAAAUCAGGCCUGGCAUCUCAUCUCUCUCCCCCGAUCCCUUUCUUCUCCACCACCGGCCGCCGCCGCAGCCAGGCCGGCGUGGGGCACGCCACCGCUCCACCGCGCCUUCACCUUCACCGCGCCCUCCAUCCACCAACACCUCCAUACACCACCAUCCAUCCACUCCAUCACCACCUCACGCCGCUGCACCAUCCAUCAGCGCCACCACUCCCCACCAUCACUUCUUCUCUCUCUCUCUCACGCACUGCUGCACCUUUUCUCUUCUUCCCAAUCUUGCUGUAGUUCUUCCUCUCUUUCAACCUCCUGCUGCUGCUCCUCUUCUCCAAGCCCCUCUGCUUCUUCUUCAUCACGAAACUGCUGCCCCUCUCUUGCUUCUCCAUCUCCAUGCUGCUGCUCUUCUUCUUCUUCCCCUUGCUGAUGCUGCCUCUUCUCCGUUGCAUCUCCCUUAGCGCUGCUGCUGCUUCUCUCUUCUGCGUCCCCUGCUGCUCCUUCUCAACCCCCCUGUUGCCUCUAUUUCUUCUCUGAACCUAAACCCUUGUGGCUGCUAUCUCUCUCUUUGAAAUAACUUGAGACAUAUAUGAUGUGUAACAUUCAGAUUUGUUAAGUGUUAGUAACCUACUUGUUCAA